AUGGCAGCUUGUGAGAGUGGACCUAUGUUCUUGAGGGCUGAAAAUUGUGAAAGAGAAUCCAAAGACAAGCACUUCAUUUCAGACUUGCUCAUUGAUACUAUCUUGGAGAUCGGUCCACAACAUGUAGUUCAGGUAAUCACUGAUAAUGCAAGCAAUUGUAAGGUUGCAGGAGCUAUUAUUAAUGCUAGAUUCCCACAUAUAUUUUGGACUCCAUGUGUGGUGCAUACAGUUAACCUUGCUUUAAAGAAUAUAUGCACACCUAGCUCAAUUGUGUCUAAUAGGGCAGCUUAUGAUGAAUGUAAUUGGAUUAGUCAAAUUGCCGAUGAUGUGUAUUUUGUAAAGAAUUUCAUCAUGAACCAUGAAGAUGUGACACGGAUGAGCCAUGUCUUCACAAGGUAUAUGAGUGUUGGGAUGAUUGAAGAAGUGAAGGUGGCUAUCUAUAAGGAAGAAUGUAAGGAAUAUGAAGAGGAGUCUCCAUUUUACAAUGUGGUGUAUUCCAUUUUGCUCGCAAGAUGGACCAAGAGCUCCACACUUUUUCAUUGCAUGGCACACUCAUUAAACCCAAGAUAUUAUAGUAUGAAAUAUCUUAAUGGAGCUCCUAAUCGUAUUCCUCCACAUCAAGAUAGUGAGAUUGCAAAAGAGAGAAAAGAAUGUCUCAAGAAGUACUUUGCUAAUGAAGAUGAGAGGAGGAUGGUUAAUGAGGAGUUUGCCUCUUUUUCGGCAUGCUUGGAUGAGUUUGCAAGUAGUGAUUCAAUGAAUGAUAGAGAUAAGAUGGACCCUAUAAAAUGGUGGAUUGUUCAUGGAGAUGAUUAUGAUACAAUGGUUAAUGUGAAUGGUGGUAUGCUUGAGAUUGCAAACCUCUCCCUUGAUGAACCGGACUUGGAGGGUGUAAUAUUUGACAAUAAGGAUGAAGAUGAUUGA